CCCUACGUCAUCCCAUCACGGCCAUAUAAAAGAACGGUUUCCAUUAGCUCCGUUCAGUUCUGUUGAGGUCAUCAGAGAUACUUGGUUGUCGAUUGCAGUGAUAUUUGGAAAAAUUAUCUGCGACUUUUUAUAAAAACUACGAUACACAUUUACAUCUGGUAAAUAUGCAGAUCUUUGUGAAGACUCUAACGGGUAAAACCAUAACCCUUGAAGUUGAAGCCUCUGACACCAUUGAAAAUGUGAAAGCUAAAAUUCAGGAUAAAGAGGGAAUUCCACCAGACCAACAAAGAUUAAUCUUUGCUGGCAAGCAAUUAGAAGAUGGACGAACAUUGUCCGAUUAUAACAUUCAAAAGGAAUCCACUUUACAUUUGGUACUUCGAUUGAGAGGAGGCAUGCAGAUUUUUGUCAAGACACUUACAGGAAAAACAAUUACUCUAGAGGUUGAAGCAUCUGAUACUAUUGAGAACGUAAAGGCUAAAAUUCAGGACAAGGAAGGAAUCCCACCAGAUCAGCAAAGAUUAAUCUUUGCUGGUAAGCAACUAGAGGAUGGUCGUACUCUUUCCGACUACAAUAUUCAAAAGGAGUCUACUCUUCAUCUUGUACUCCGACUUCGUGGUGGUAUGCAAAUCUUUGUAAAAACUUUAACUGGAAAAACAAUUACUUUGGAAGUCGAGGCAUCUGAUACUAUUGAGAAUGUAAAGGCUAAAAUUCAAGAUAAAGAAGGUAUUCCACCAGAUCAGCAAAGAUUAAUCUUUGCUGGUAAGCAACUAGAGGAUGGUCGUACUCUUUCCGACUACAAUAUUCAAAAGGAGUCUACUCUCCAUCUUGUACUCCGACUUCGUGGUGGUAUGCAGAUUUUUGUCAAGACACUUACAGGAAAAACAAUUACUCUAGAGGUUGAAGCAUCUGAUACUAUUGAGAACGUAAAGGCUAAAAUUCAGGAUAAGGAAGGAAUUCCACCAGAUCAGCAGAGAUUAAUUUUUGCUGGUAAACAACUAGAGGAUGGUCGUACUCUUUCCGACUACAAUAUUCAAAAGGAGUCUACUCUCCAUCUUGUACUCCGACUUCGUGGUGGCAUGCAGAUUUUUGUUAAGACACUUACUGGUAAAACAAUUACAUUGGAAGUAGAGGCAUCCGAUACUAUUGAGAACGUAAAGGCUAAAAUUCAAGAUAAAGAAGGUAUUCCACCAGAUCAGCAAAGAUUAAUCUUUGCUGGUAAGCAAUUAGAGGAUGGUCGUACUCUUUCCGACUACAAUAUUCAAAAGGAGUCUACUCUCCAUCUUGUACUCCGACUUCGUGGUGGUAUGCAGAUUUUUGUUAAGACACUUACUGGUAAAACAAUUACAUUGGAAGUAGAGGCAUCCGAUACUAUUGAGAACGUAAAGGCUAAAAUUCAAGAUAAAGAAGGUAUUCCACCAGAUCAGCAAAGAUUAAUCUUUGCUGGUAAGCAAUUAGAGGAUGGUCGUACUCUUUCCGACUACAAUAUUCAAAAGGAGUCUACUCUCCAUCUUGUACUCCGACUUCGUGGUGGUAUGCAGAUUUUUGUUAAGACACUUACUGGUAAAACAAUUACAUUGGAAGUAGAGGCAUCCGAUACUAUUGAGAACGUAAAGGCUAAAAUUCAGGACAAGGAAGGAAUCCCACCGGAUCAGCAGAGAUUAAUCUUUGCUGGCAAGCAGCUUGAAGACGGUCGUACUCUUUCCGAUUAUAACAUUCAAAAGGAGUCUACUCUUCAUCUUGUACUCCGACUUCGUGGUGGUAUGCAGAUUUUCGUCAAGACACUUACAGGCAAAACUAUUACAUUGGAGGUAGAGGCAUCCGAUACGAUUGAAAAUGUUAAAGCUAAAAUUCAGGACAAGGAAGGAAUUCCACCAGAUCAGCAGAGAUUAAUUUUUGCUGGCAAACAACUCGAGGAUGGCCGUACUCUUUCCGAUUACAAUAUUCAAAAAGAAUCUACUCUACAUUUAGUACUUAGGCUUCGUGGUGGUAUGCAAAUUUUUGUCAAAACUCUUACAGGAAAAACCAUCACAUUAGAAGUCGAGGCGUCAGAUACUAUUGAAAAUGUUAAAGCUAAAAUUCAAGAUAAAGAAGGAAUACCACCUGAUCAGCAGAGAUUAAUCUUUGCCGGUAAACAAUUGGAAGAUGGACGUACUCUUUCAGAUUAUAAUAUUCAAAAGGAAUCAACCCUUCACUUAGUCCUUCGUCUUAGAGGAGGAAAUUAAAAUUUUACUUAUUAAUAAAAUCCGCAGACUCCUUAUAUAGUCCAACUAGAUAUAUUAUCAUUUUUUACUUUUAUUCAUGCUGAACUGUAAUGUGAUAUUUAUUCCAUUGCUUCGUCGGGCAAAUAAAAACUGCAUUUGAAGUUAAUUUUCUCUUUAUUCUAAGAAACCUUAUAAAAAUAUGUAUGCAGUUUUAACGAGUUUAUGCAAUGUGUAAUGUUCUGAUAAUAAAAUUCUAGAAGCAAGCGUA